AAACAUCAAGCGCUGCGUGUUUACAUCACUUUGAUUUUCUCUCUUUAGUGUUUUAAACACAGUGUUGUGUGUUUGUGUGUGUGUGUGUGUGUGUGUGUAUGUAUUUGUGUUUAAUAAUGACGUCACAGGCGGAUGGGAUGUAUUCUGUCACACUGAUGGAGAUGAAAACAGAACUCACAGUGAAGGAAGAACAGACAGAUGAAGAUGAGAAUCAUGAUGAUUUUAUUCCUUCAGUCAAACGGGUGAACGGCAUGAACCUGGAGAUGAAAACAGAACCCACAGCGGAGGAAGAACAGACUGAUGAAGAUGAGAACUGUGAUGAUUUGCUUCCUUCAGGCAUGGUCCGGUGGUCGACUAUUUUACUCAAUGGUGUGAUGCCUCUAAACAUUGAUGCCCAAAAAACCUUUUGAAAGUGAUGAGAGCGGUGAUUCAUGUGGUGAUGGAGAAACGGCCUCUACAUCAAAACACACACAACAGAAACUCUUCACCUGCACCAGAUGUGACAUCAGCUUUCCUACCUUACAAGAGAGGAGACGUCAUACAAAUGCGCACAGAGACAAGAAACACUUUCACUGUCAGGAGUGUGGGAAGAGUUAUUUUACAACUUCAUCUAAUAUUAACGCUCACAUGAAGAGACACACUGCUGAAAAGUCUUUCUACUGCAGUGAAUGUGGCAAGUGUUUCGGCACCAAAGGAAGUCUUGUUAUUCAUCAGAGAAUUCACAUGGCAGAAAAACCGUACGCGUGUCCUCACUGUGACAAGAGAUUCAACCAUACAUCUCAUGUUAAGAGACACAUACAUUCACACAACAAUGAGAGACCGUAUCAGUGCAGUGAAUGUGGAAAAACCUUCAGGGAAUCAGGUUGUCUAAAGUCACAUAAAAAAAUACACUCUGAGAAACUCUUUCAUUGUUCACAUUGUGAUGAACGUUUCCAUCAUAAAUCUUCUCUAACAUGUCAUGAGAGAACUCACACUGGAGAGAAACCUUACGUCUGCUCUCACUGCGGAAGGAGCUUUUCUGAUCAAAGUGCAUUAAGACUUCAUCAGAGAAUUCACACGGGAGAAAAACCGUACGCGUGUCCUCACUGUGAGAAGAGAUUCAGUCAAAAAGCAUAUCUGAAGAGACACGUGUAUCUCCACACCAAUGAGAGACCGUAUCAGUGCAGUGAAUGUGGAAAAGGCUUCAGGGAUUCACUUUGUCUCAAGUCACACCAAAAAAUACACUCUGAGAAACUCUAUCAGUGUUCACACUGUAAUAAACGUUUCCAUCAGAAAGCUAAUCUUAUAUGUCAUGAGAGAAUUCACACUGGAGAGAAACCUUACGUCUGCCCAAUCUGCAGCGAGAGAUUCACUUAUUUAAGAAGUCUUCAGACUCAUCUGAAGAAACAUGUUAAAACUUGUGAAGAAGAUUUCAUUCAUACAGACAGCUCAAACAACAGCCCAAUGUUAGAAAAGCUGGAAAAUAUCCACAUAAAAUCUACCAUAAAACGUGAAUGUUGUUUAUAAAUAUAUUAUUUUUAUUGUAGUAUACUAACAACAUCUGUUUGAGGUUCUCGUGGACUCCUGUUAAUACUAAACACACAGUAACACAUCAUUGCAGCUAACACGGUUACGUGACCACGUACUUGGACCAGACCAUAUUCCUUGCCACAACAAACAUAUUGGACGUUUCUGAGACUGAUGAUUUCCUCCUAAAGAAGUAAAUGGAACAGACCAUAUUAGUACACGUACUUCAUCAGUACCAAAAAACGUUUCUGGGACCUGACCAGCCGACAUCCCAACGACCAAACAGUUCAAAUCUUUUUAUAAUUUUAUUUAAACAGAUCCUCCCUCAAAUUGAGGAUUGAAUUAAUUUGUGAUUCAAUCUGUGCAUUUAAGUUUCAAUUUUAUGCAUAAUUUGAAAUGAAAUCUUAUUUUUUCUUAAAUGUAACACAGCACCACACAUCAGCAUCAGAUAUUAUAGAUACUGAAGUAAAUUAUGUAAAUAACCUUAUGAUAAUAAAUUCUUUAAGUUAAAAUUUA